AUGGCUGAUCUGAUCGACCCGACAACGAAGGGCAACUAUCCGGUGAUUCUGGGCGUUGGGCUGCUGGGCAAGCCGUCCAACGAGAUCUUUACUGGCAUUCGCUUAAACAAGCAUAACCACCUGCUGACACAUUGGCUUUUCUACCGCGCAGAUAACCACAAGCCUGCCUUCCCGCAAGCCGACGCACGCCUGAAGCCUUCUAUCCCCGGCAAGACGAGCUCGUACGACUUGAACUUCUCCAGCGCCGAAGGAACAGUAGGAUUUGCCGGAACGCGCUCCACUGACGACGGCGACUAUGUGCUCUACUUUGACCCCGAGCGCAAGGCCUUUGUCCUCGACAAGGUUGACUCGACCUUCAACAUGAAUCUCACGCGCACUCCUGCAAACAGCAACCCCGACGAUCUGCGCCGGCGACACCCUCACUUGGGAAGUGGCCCGUCGCAAAAGGCGGGAGACCAGAAGAGCGCUUCAAGCAAGGACAAGUUGAAGUCGUCAACAAAGGCCGAUAAUGACAAGAGCAUCACCGUACAGACCAAGGAGAUGCAGAAGAAGAAACCGUUGGAAAAGAAACUAGGAGAAAAGAAGCAUACCGACAAUAUAUUCCUCGAGAAGAAACCUCCUCCCAUUGAGAAGAAAUCCGCGGACAAGAAGCUCGCUUCUGAAAAGGAGAAGAAGCCACUAGAGAAAGAGAAGAAGCCAAUGGACAAGAAGCUGUCUCAGGAGAAGAAGAUGCUGGAGAAGAAGUUAAUGGAGAAGAAGUCGACCGAUAGGCAGUCAGAGGGUAAGCCGUUAGCGAAGAAGACGGUCGAGAAGAGCGGCGUCGAGAGAAAGAUUCACGAGAUGAAGAAUAUGGAAAAGAGGCUUUCAGGGGGCAAGUUUGACAAGAAGCCACUGCCCAAAAAGAUUGAGCUUGCCCUGCCUGUGCCAGAACCACCCAAGCCGCAAGAGUCUCGGAAGAAGAGAGAUGAUGAUGACGACGAGGAAGAUGACGACGACGACGAUCUUCUCAUUGAGUAUCCGGGCGCAGAAGCUCCCUCCCGGCCGGCCCACCAUUUCUCGCCCGCGUUUCCCAUCGCCCGUCGCUUCGAUGACUUUAUGGAUCAGCGUGAAUCUGAAGUGGAAGAAGACGAUGAGGCCAUGGACGAGGAUACCGAGGCGGCAUUUAAGCUGCCCAGCCCGGUGAAGAAUGGCAGCCAAGCUCAAUCGGAGCCCAUGGAUGUUGACGACGAGGAAGAGGAGGAAGCCGAAGAGGGCGAAGAGGCUGGCGAGGCAGGAGGUGCCGCGGAUUUCGAAUACGAUCUGGAACAAGAGCUGGAGAAUGCUUUUGAUCAACUGGAUAACAACGACCAGGACAAUAGCAACAGCAACAGCGGCUACUACUAUAACAAUAACAACGACGAUGAUGAAAGCGAGAUUAGCGAAGAAGACUAG